UCAGAUGCCCCGACCAGCAGAAGAGGGCGACCAAAAAGUCCAGUCAAAUCCAACAACAAUCUUCAAGCUCUCGAUGUGCCGGUCGACGUUUUACAACUAGACAUGAAUGGGAUUGAUAUCCUGCCUUCAAGUGUGCACGACUUAUAUCGAAGAUUGCAAGAUAUCGAUGACAAGGAAAACUUCAUCCCAUGGGAGAUUAACCAGAACAUCAAAUCCAUCAUUCCCGAUCGAAUCAAAGACCGGUGGUUCUUUGGUCAGAAAGACGAAAACAAUACCGAAAAGCUCACGGCCGCAAACAGAGAGCUCGAGUUCUUGCGCGAAAUCGAAUCCGAUGCGAAACAGUGUAAACUUUCCGACUGCUCUGAGGCAUCUUGGAACAUGUGGGUGCACAUGCCUGUGUUGAGGCAUGCAUUGGCAGGUUAUCCAGCCAUACGCGUCGAGCCGUCUACAUCGGCCAAGAUUGCGCCCUGUUUUGUACCAACUACAAAGGGCAAAGCGACAGUUGUCGAGAGUAAGAUGAUCGACUUCACCUUGCUUCUGUGGUUAAAUAAGGGAAGUCCGCGAUCUACACCUCACGAUCCAGUACCUCCGGAGGCUGAUGGUCGAUUAAUGGCUCGAAUCGCCAACAAAGUUUGGGCUCAGGAGCGUGACGUUCAGUUUGUCAAUCAAUCCUCAUACGCACCGUUGCAAUAUGCUCCGAUUGCCUGCAACAUCGAGACCAAAACUGCAACUUCGUCCAACCAAGGGAAACUCCAACUUUCAGUCUGGACCGCUGCAUGGUUCAAACGCAUGACGGAGCUCUUGCCUCACGCCAAGAUGCCGACAAUUCCUCUCAUCCAUGUCGUGGGACAUGAGUGGCAUAUUUCUUUUGCUUCUUUUCAUGGUAGUCACAUUGAAGUUGCUGAGGAGCUGUCUAUUGGAGACACGAGAACCCUCUUGGGCUUGUAUCAGUUAGUUGCUUCAUUGAGGAGGCUUGGGGACUGGAUUGAAACAACGUACAGAAAGUGG